ACUAUCUUGAUUAUUCGUUUGGCUCUUUGGGUCGAUAGUGUUGCACUUCCUGUAUCUCCGAACUUCAGUUUACUGAACCCGUGAAGACUGUUUGGCGGCUUCUCCUCUAUCAUCAUCACAAUGUCUGCAAGUCCUGCUGUGUUGAUGCGGCUCGUGGCUCGUGCCUUCACUGUUGCUGAAAAGGCCGGUGCCAUUGUAAGGAAAGUCCUUCACAGCGGAGAACUUGGCAUUGUGGAAAAGACUGGAGCCAAUGAUCUGCAGACACUGGCCGACCGACUGGCACAGCAAAGCAUUUGUGCAUCACUGUCCAGAAGUUUCCCCAAAAUCACCAUCAUUGGAGAAGAGGACCUUCCACCUGAGGAGAUAAAGGAAGAUCUCAUUGAGAGCGGCCACUCGGAGGAAAUCCUUCAGAAGACAUGCCCAGCAGAAUAUAGAGAUCUGAAAGAGGAGGAGCUAGUUGUGUGGGUCGAUCCUCUCGAUGGCACAAAGGAAUAUACUGAAGGUCUGCUGGAUAAUGUGACGGUGCUCAUUGGUAUUGCAUACAAAGGCAGAGCGAUUGCAGGUGUCAUCAACCAGCCUUUCUACAACUACCAGCUCGGAGCAGGAGCACCUUUAGGAAGAACCAUGUGGGGAAUGCCGGGAUUGGGCGCUUUCGGAUUUCAGCUGCAGGAAGUUCCCGGUGACAGACGCAUCGUUACCACGACACGUUCCCAUAGCAACAAGCAAGUGACGGACUGUGUGGACGCCAUGGAGCCUCACGAGGUUAUAAGAGUGGGCGGUGCUGGGAACAAGAUAAUCCAGCUUGUUGAAGGAAAGGCUUCUGCGUAUGUCUUCGCCAGUCCCGGCUGCAAGAAGUGGGACACCUGCGCUCCAGAAGCUCUACUGCACGCUGUGGGAGGGAAACUGACUGACAUGCAUGGCAAUGCAUACUGCUACAAUGCUAACGUAAAGCACAUGAAUUCUGCUGGCGUUCUUGCUACACUACGCAACCACGAGUACUACGUCAGCAGAGUGCCGCAGUCCGUGCUGCAGGCCCUGAAGUCAGAUUAAGUUCUGUCUUCAUCAGAAGUCACACUAAUGAACCUCUGUCAUGGUUUAAAGCACUUACACAUCUAACCACAAGUGCAGGAACCCUCUGUAUUUAAAUGAGUUAAACGUCCUAAAAUCAGAACAAAUGAUAUGAUUUGAAAGUCACAUUAAUCCACCAUGUUUUUGUGUCAUACAUUAUUAAAUUAACCAGAAACAGG